GAAAAUAAAAUAAAGUAGACGUAAAAAGCAUUGAAUUAAAGAAAACCAAACAUGUUUCUAGCAAAUUGCCAAAAAAUAAAUCAAAUUGCGUAUAAAUUUAGUGUAAUCAAUUAUAUGAAUAAUUCAUUGCGAACAUCAUCCAGAUAUUAUACGAUAAAUAGUACCAAAAAUGCAGUCAAUUUAAUAAAUAGUUCAUUGCCAAAUUUAACGUCAACAAUUGAGUUCAGCAAUAUUCAUCGACGACACAAUGUUCAUUUCGGAUGCAUUUGUCGCAAUUAUUCAAGCAAUCACAAAGAAAACAAAGAUGAUGACGAUGAUUGUGAAUUACCAGGAUUCGAUGACGCAUAUGAGAAUCAACCAUCUCCAUAUCUCAUGGUUAAAAAUCGCUUAGCCAUAUUUUUGCUUCGAUAUUUUCAUGAUCGAACAUUCGACAUAAAGGAAUUUCUCAAUGGUGCUAAACAAGCCAUAACGGUUGUGUCAAAUCUAUUGGCUGCUGCUAAUUUUAAAGCUAUGCAUGAUAUGGUUGAUGACGACACAGUUGAAAAAAUGCGACGUAUUGUUGGUACAUUGUCAGUCAAACAACGACAAUCACUUUCGAUCAACUCAAAGGAGAUCGCAUGGAUUUUUCCGCAUAACAUUCAAUUUAUCACACAACAAGAUGACGACGAUGAUGACGACGAUGAUGAUGAAACAACACGAGUUUUCGUUGAAAUUAUGGUAGUUGUACAUUCAGUUGCAAAUCAUGAAGCGUGUAAUAUAGAGUUUUCCGAUAUAUUUAAGGGACCAAGUUCUGAUUUACUUAGCCACUUUCAAAAAUUCUACAGCAUUGCAAAUUAUCGAUUCAUUAAAGAAAUUACAAAAGGUGUCGAAGAUGAUUGGACCAUUAAUUAUAUUUGUCACGCCAAACCAAUGCAAUAUGAACUACAAAAAUUAGGUAGAGAACAAUAAAAUUGUUAUUUUGAUACAACUUAUCAUCAAUUAUCAAUGGAUAAUGAAUGAUAAUGAAAAUAUUAUCGAUUUUUUGCGCAUAGAAAUGUAGAUAAGCUCGGUUUUAUGGAGCAUCGAAAAUCGAAUAAAUUUUAAAUUUAAUAUUGUUGAUAAAAA